AUGUCGAAACAAGAGAAACAAGAUGCCGUACUUGAUAGUGAUGCCAAUAAUGUUGUUGUUAAUAAUGCCACCACCACUACAGACACUAAUCAUGUGAAUAAUGAUAAUAAUGAUACUGACAAAAUUACCAGUAAUGAAUUAUUUACGAACUAUAAUAUCAGCGUUCCCACAUUUCAAACUUUUCUUACCUAUGUAGCAUUGAAUUUGAUUUAUACGCCACUAACCAUCUACAAAAAAGGGUUUAGGGGUUGGUUGGAAAUUUUUAAUCUGAAGGAUUAUCGAUUUUUAAAAUGCAAUUAUUUUGUGGUAAAGGCAUAUGCUUACACCUCAGUUCUUUCCGUAAUGUUGCUUGAUACGUGGGCAAUCCCAGUUUGUAUGUUAUUAUCAAUAUUAUUCCUAAGGGUUGGAUAUCAUUGGAGUCAAUACCUUGGAGUGUUUAUAUGUCUUGUUGGUAUUGGAGUAUUGCUUGCAGGAGAUCUUGAAACAGGACAAGAUUUUAGUGGUGCCGUGGAUAUGGGACUUGGUGAUGCAUUUUGUAUCAUAAGUGCAACACUUUAUGGUGCGAGUAAUGUACUAGAAGAAUUAUUUGUGAGACAAAGAUCAGUGUAUGAGGUGGUUGGACAAUUAUCAUUUUGGGCAAUGAUUAUCAGUGGUAUUCAACUUUCAAUUUUAGAGCGCCAAGAAAUUUCUGCUGUAGAAUGGAGUGGAGGUAGUGUUGGAAUGCUACUUACAUACACUAUUUCAAUGGUGUGUUUUUAUACUGGAGCACCAAUACUCUUCAAAUUAUCAUCAGCUACAUUCUUUAAUCUUUCUUUACAAACAAGUGAUUUCUAUUCAUUAAUAUUUAGUUUAUUAUUAUUCGGUGCCCAGAUGCAUCAUCUUUACCCUAUAUCAUUUGUUAGCACAAUCAUAGGAUUGUGUUUAUACCAUUACAAUCCAGAAUCAAGGCCUAGUUACAGUCCUCCUGCUUUUCUUUCUAUCGGUAGGGAUCACAGUGAUGUCAAAGGUAACGAUGAUAAUGAGGGCCGGAAUUUUGAUGAAACAAAAGCUGAGGAAAGGGAAGUUACUACUGAUUUAAAUGUAUAA